GUCGGAAGCAAUCAGUACGCUGAGGUACCGACAGAAGAUAGGAAGAGUGAAGCAUCUGCUUACGACGACGCGAUGCCCUUGCUAAGGAGUAAGGGAGACUUUGAGUCGAUACCCUCAGACGCGACUGCUGUUCCACCUGAAGUCUACGCGUGCGCACAGGUCACUUCACCAGAGAGCACGCGCCGGAAGAAGCGCGCCACAUGUCCCGGAUCAUUUCCAGAAUCUAGGUCUGGAAGUUUGAAGGAAAAGAUUACAAUGUAGUGAGCAUUCUCAUGUGGUUUGCGAUUAAUAUGAUCUUAGCUGGAGAAGGCUUUACCUGGUGGGGUCGUUUAAAAGAGACUGGCCUGUGAAAUGGGCUACGCGAUCAUUCUCAUAGAUCUUCAAUAAUGUACCCAGGUCCAAUAUCAUGUCCAGAUGCUGUUGCAUCACUCAGAAAAUUG